AUGGAGGUAGCGCAUUGGUUCGUACUGAACAAUUGUGAUGAGAUCAUGGCAUACUUAUAUGAGCAUGAAGAGAUGAUGAAGCGAGAACAUCCAUCGCAUUUGCCCAGAAACACCGUGAAUUGUUUCCACAAUGGUUUUUGGAUUCUGGCGUUCGAUAUGCAAGAUAGCAAACGCUCGGUAAGACCUAGGGCACCGGUGUGGUACUGGCCGAAGGCUCUCCGAUGCUUAAGCCUUGGGAGGUGUGCAAUUUGUUUAGAGUUUCGAUGUGGGACUAUGGACAUCAAUUGUGGGACUGCCACAUGUCCCUGGGGGCGAAGUUGCCCUAAUUGUGCGAUCGAUAGGCACGGUACUGAAGCUAGGUGCCGAAGGCUCCCAUAG